AUGGACUGCUCCGACUUGCACAUUAAAAUUGAUUAUCUAGGUUCUUGUGGAAUUGUUCUUACACCAGAACAAAAGGCUUCAUUGCAGACAUCUCUUACUCUCCUUAGAUAUGAGCAGAAAUACGUCAUUGUCAAUUUUUGGGGCAUAAUAAAAGGUGUUCAGGCGGAUUAUUACAUUGCUCAGGGUAUAGGAAAAGACUAUAUGAGCGACAUUACAACGCUUUACAGUAAGGACUGUAUAACUUGGUGUUUGCUACCAAUCCCAACAAAAUAUGAAGUAGAAAAAUCCAAAUACUUUAAGAUGCGAUUUACUGGUGAUCCCCAACAUGAAUUCAAGCAUACUGAGCUGAAACAGUCCUUUAAAGGUGAUGAACUAGUUCAAGAAGAGACACAAAUGAAAAUGAAGGAAGAAGAUAGGCUGGCAGCUGUUAUUAAACGAAUUGACCAUGAUGUCCAAGUAAUACCACGAGGCUCCUUCCACCGUUUAGCAAAUGGCCAAGUCAUUCGAAAUAAGAAUUAUGAAGGCAACCCUAUUUUCAGUCUCACUUGCUUGCUAGGUCUCACAACGGCGGAGGCAGCCAAACUUUCAUCGUACCUCCAUUUCAGGAGACCUUUAAAGUACCCUCACAAACCCUUAGAAGACAAGGUGAAGCUGAACAAAGCGACCGACUUCCUGGACACACUGGAAACCGAUGUGCCAAGCGGCUGUUGGGCAAUACUGUUCGAACGCGGAAACACCGUUGUCUACGUUAAAAGUCUACAGUGGUUGGGCUACAUUUUAUACCAUGUACCAGAAAAACCCGUGUAUGGAAGUCUCUACGUUGGAUGUGGGGAGCACAAUAUCAACCUACCCUUUAUGCUCUAA